AUGAUUUCAAUUCAAAUAAACACUGAAUCAACAACCACUUCUAGCACCACCACAACAUCUGUCACCACUUCCACUCCACCAUCUUCUCUUUGUGCGAAUACCACUAGUAGUGCGUUUCUAUAUAAGAAUCAAUUUAUUUACUCACCAACGUCACAAACCUAUGCUGCAGGAAUGCUAAACAAUCAGUUUGGUGUGUACAAAGCGUACGGAUAUCAAAACGUAACGGCAACGGCCAUUUGGAAUGCAAAGCAGAAACCAACAACUUAUGAAGCUUAUUUCGUAGCUCAAGGAGAUCGUAACUUGGUUGUUUACGCCGCAAGUGUCGGAACUGUAUUAUGGUCAGCUAAUACCGCUAGUCGAGUUUACGGAGAGCCAUUCUGUUUGAAUAUGUUAGAUACGGGUAUUCUUAUGUAUGUCGAUGGUAGCGGAUCGACUAUUUGGCAAACAAACAUCGAGCCAAAUGGAUGA